UCUUACAAUGCCACCCACAGAAUGGAAACGAACGGUUUACUUAUUCUACUUCAUAUAAACAAUUAUAUUUUUGUAUUAGAAAACAUAGUGGAAAUUUUAAUAAUUUGUUGUAAAAGAAUGCAAAUAUGUUUCAGCUGUAUGCAGGAUGCAUAUAUUUUAUCGAAGUACAUUAAAUAACAUAAAAAAUGGAUUGUAAUAAACUCUCUAAAACCAUAAUAAAUAAUGAAUCCGAGGACGAUAAUUCGGACAAUAACUUGGAAAUUGACUUAGAUAUCAAUCAAGGUGUUUCUCAAAAUAACGACUUUCAGCUUAUUGAAACUAUUGAAGACGAAAUUGGCAAAAAGCUCAAUGAAAAGGCAGAAAAAACCAAUUUAACUGUAACCAAUGUGAAAACUAUAAUUAGACAGGUUCUUACAAAUGAGCAUGUUAUGGCAUUACUGAAUAAGGAUAAAAAGUUUGAUUGUUUUUAUGAACCCAAAUUAACACGAGCAAAAGCCAAACAACUACUUUGUUCGACCACUGCUGCACCAGUUCCAUGGGUUCCUCAACCAGCGCCAUCUGAAACUCAUGUUUUGGUAGCCGAUGAUUUACAAGAUGAUUCUUCAGGAGAUGAAUAUAUUCCAGGAGAAGAAGAAAGUGAAGAAGAUCGGGAUGAUUCUAUUGCCAGUGAAUUGGAUACAAGUUCCUUACCUCCUCCAACACCUCCUGCUGUUGUGUCCAUGGAAGAUAGCUCCACUCAAACUACACACUGGUCAGGUGAUGGGGUUUUCAAAGUACCUAAAUCAAAAACUGUAACUGACGAGGCAGAAACGGCAAAUAUAGCACUGAGAACAAGAUCUAAAAUAAAUUUAAGCUCAACUCCUUUGGAGGUCAUUGAAAAAUCCUUCAUUCCUCCCGAUAUUACUACAGAUAUGUAUGACAUGGACUGUGAUGAUGAUGACUGGAAAGAAUUUUUAAAGGGUUUUACAGAACCUUUGGAUGAAAUAGCAAAACCAACAGAAGAUGAGGAACAGGAUCCAGAGUAUAAUAUUUUGGCAGAUGAUGAAAUUGAUAACAUUGAACGAGAAGAAUUCAGAGAAGAUAGGGCAGUAAAGAUUUCAAAGAAAGAAAUAAAGGAAUUAUGGGAGGAACUGUUUGAAUACAUUCAAAACAUAUCUGAAGAAAUUGGUGAAACUGGGCAAAACACUACACAAGAGACCACACCUGUAUUUUCUCAGGUAAAAGUGGAGUUGGAAAUUGACAGUUUUAAACAAAAUAUACCUAGUGAGAUAUCCCAGCAAACUAUCUCUGAGCAAAAAGUUAUUAGUGGAAUUAUCAAAGAUAAUGAGGCUAACCAAAAUUUUGAGUGUUAUAGAGAUGAAAGUUCUGUUUUGGAGGCAAGAAACAACUUUGAAAUAGUUGUUACUCACGAACAGCUCUGUAUUAUAGAACAGCAAAUGCGUCAGCAUGUGCAAAUUCUGACGCAAAAUUUUCUCCUUAUGUAUGAUCAUCCUGAACUUCAUGAAAACUGUGCCCAAUUAAAGGAGUAUCUCGUAUGUUAUCAUUAUUAUCUAUAUAUUUUGAAAUUAAGCUUUUUUAAUAACAACACUUUAAUUUACCCAAUAUUUCAGUUAAGUUUAAAAUUCCUAAGCGAUGGGAAAUCAUUUUCCCUAUUCAGGCCGGUGAACUUAGAGCCUGCUUUAAAGUUAAUCGAGUACUGGGUGGAACUGUUUGCUUCUAACGGAAAUGAAGUAAAACAAGCGAAAGCUCAUGUACGAGUUGAACUUUCAAAAUCACUAAAUUACAAAUCGGCUGGCAAUUAUCAUUAUGUUAGUUCUUUUCCUAAGUUAAUUGUGCAGACCAUUUUAAAUAGUGAAGUAUUCCUUUAUCCCUUUCUACUGCCAAAAAUUCCUUUCAAAUCGUUACAAUUUAUUGAAAAAGGAUUUACAAAUUCAGAAGAUGAAUUGAUUGUUAUGGGUUUGGAGCAAUUUAGUGCAUUAUUAAAAAGUCAGUGCAAAAAACUGAUCAAUAAAAAUGGACAAAUUCCUAUCAAAACCUUGGUUUCAUACAUUCGUGAAUAUAUGAUGCCACAUCGUAAUGAAGUGACAAUAUUGAAACAUAUUAUGCAAAGCAAAUGUCCAAGAAAUGCUAACAAUCCCAUAAGAACAUAUUUCUUGUACAAAAAAGUUAUAUCCCCGGUUCACUAUAUUUAUCCAUUGCAUCAAAUUUUGCCCCUGUACAUGCGAAACCCCGAUGAGAUGCCAUUGCAGUGGAGAAUUUUUUUAAAGGGGGAACACAAUGGUCGAAAACAAAAAUGUGAAAUAGAUUCCUCGGCAAGAAAAUUUUGGAGCUGUUGGUUGCCGCAUCUUAUUUUGGUCAAUAAUACCCUAGAUGUCGCCAAUUGUCCAGCUAGAUCAGUCAUUAAUGGCACCAUUCUCCGAAACAACAAAACUUCCACAAGAACCAGUCGGAACAAUAAAUUGAUUUCUAAAAAACUCCAGAAUUAUUCUAAGCUAAAAAACUGCAUCACUAGUAUAGAAAAAAUUACAAUCAUCUUAGUGGUUCCAAUUAAUGUGAGAAAAUUAGUUCAUUUUUUUGCACAAAUCUCGGGGGAUAGAGAACAUUUACCUGAUUUGGCUAAUGAUUUGAAGCCUUUGCAAAAUAUGCCCCUUUUAAGCACUCCUGCAAGUAAACUUGGUGAACCACAAAGUGCAUUGCAAGAUGGAUGUGUUUCUUCGACAUUUAACCUACCAAAUACUGAAUCCCUUAAAACUAAGAAAAUAAGGCCAUUGGACUUUUCAAAUAUCAGCUUUCAUCAGGAUGAUUCAAGCACUGAAGUUGAAUUUAGUACAUCUUCAAGCAACUUUCAGAUAAGUCAGACUUCACAAAGUACGAAUUCUAAUCUUCCUAGUCAUGGUCUAGCAGUAAAAGAUUUGGUUAGCGAAAAGGACACUUCUAUAGCUUGCUCUACCCCAAAACCUAUUCCAAGGAAAGAGCCCUCGGGUGCAGAAAAAAAAAAAGCUAGGAUCCAACGUGAAUUCCUAGCUAAUUUAUCAAUAGCAACUCCUGAAGAUCCUCAAAGUGUAAAAAAUAAAGAUGAAUUGUUUGCCAUCGCGUACUAUGACAAAUUAAGAGAAACUUUGGAUCUUGAAGAUUACCACAAAAUCUUGCAGAUUUUAAAUGAAUUUAAAAAUGGGGAUGCCGUUGAUUUGUAUCGUAAAGUUGAGCCUAUAUUGCAACCAAAAUAUAUGGAGCUGGCAGAAGAAUUUUUACUCUUUCUAAAGGAGAAAGAAGCGGCAUUGGUAGGCCAAUUGAUACCAUGGUUUACAGUAACAACGAGGGUGAAAUUUUUGAGAAAAUUAGAAAUUUACUUUAAAGAGCAACCCGCUCAGUUAAAGAAGAUUUACAAUAUGUUAACUGAGUUAAGUGAAAGUGAAAAUUUAGACAUGGAGACAAUCAAACGUAGUCUAUUGCCUUUGCUAAAAGGUAAUGGGAUUUUGACAGAUUUAUUUCUUCAGAAUUUUGUAGAGGAACGACCUCCUGCAAGUUUAUUACAAGGGCCUUAUGAAACCAUAAACAUUAACAAAGAACUUACACGCGGAGAUGAUGAGGAAUUAUAUGAAAAAAUAGUGGUUCCUAAUACAGAAGAAAAAUAUGGGGGGAUAUCAUGUGACUGUCAUUGUCACAAAAUUGAAGAUAAUGAAUAUAAGUGUAGAUACAAGCAUUGUAUAUCCUGUGGUCUAAGGUUUGUUCAGGGAAAAGUAUUCAUUCAAACUGGUCGAGGUAUGCAGCCGGCAUGUAUCACUUUUAAAACGAACCCAAAAGCAAAUCAUGUUGCACGGCUAAUGGGUAAACAACCUGCGACCGUAACACCGAAUCGAAGAAAAAGACGUGCAGAUUCUAGUCCAAAUAAAAAUACUGGUUCGAGCGGGAAAGAAAAUUUGGAUGAGGAUACAGAGGAUGAAGAAGUAGGAAAAAGAAGAAUAAAGAAUCGGUCAAAACCAUCAAGGAAAAGGAUAAAAGUGUCUGACACUCAAAGCGGGAUCCAAAAAGUUACCUCCUCAAAGAAGUCUCUCAGCAAAGGUUGCGAUACAUCAGAAAUUCCCAAAAAUCCCAACCUUCGAAGAAGAUCAAAUUCUGUAAAAAAAGGAAAAAGGGAGACAAAAAAAACUUCUAAAAAAUCUGAGAACUUGAUAGACAACGCAGAUAAAGAUUUGCGUUUGACAAGUGAAGAUAAAACUGUGGUUAAACUGCGCGAGGAAUCAGUUGAAGUGAAGAAUCUUGAACCUGUUGAAACUGAAAUUAAACAAACAGUUAGAGAACUGGAGUUUGUUAGACAUGAAUCCGGAACAUCAUAUUCAUUAGUUGUUGAUUGUAAUAAACAGCUCACAGAAAAGUCACUUACACCUAUGCGACUCACUACUGAAUCAGAAAGUGAAUUUUGCGAGGAAUCAUCACAGGACAACUAUGAAUCAGACAGUUCUUGUUCAUCAAUGGCUAGUAAUAAUCAAUCCCAGAGUGAUAGUAAUACAAAUGAUGAGCCACUAUGGGGAAGAGAAGAGGACACCAUUAUAUUAGAGACAUUCCAAAGGGAAGAUGAUAAAGACUAUGCGCUGCAAAUAAUCUGUGACAAAUUGCCAAACAAAACCAUAAGUCAGAUUAGAAGUAGAUUUUCAACACUUAUGACAUUGCUAAUUGAAAGUUUAAAAAGUUCCUAGCUUGUAUAUUAUCCUCGGGUUAGGUUUUAUUUUAUAAAGGGAAGUGGUUAAAAUAUGAUUUUACAAAUUUAUUAGAAUUUGUUUUUUAUUAUAUAUGUUUUGUAUUAGUAAGUAUAUUUAUUUGUUAAAGAAAUUACUUCACUUAUUUAACUUAUAAUAAAUUAUUUGUUGAUUUUA